AUGCAAACAGGCCCUGGUCAUCGUUAUAUCUUUACAAUACGGAAUCAUCCGUCCAUGAAACGUGGAGAAAUCGCCUUUGCUAUCGCUCAGCGGAAGUGGGCAGUUCUCAGUUUGGACCAAGAAGUUCGUGUACAACCUUUUUGUUUUAAGGCAAUUGUUGGAAAAACAGAUUUUUUUAGCGCAACCGUUGAACCACUUAAUUCGGACUUCAUGGCCCGGGAAUUUUCUAUGCAAUUUGCCGGUAUGGCUUUCGCUAAAGGCCAACUUCUGGUUUUCCAAUUUACCGAUCCUGAAAAAGGAAAAACCUUCACGUUGUCGCUGGUCGUGAAAAAUAUUGACGGUUUGUUUUACUUACCGUUCCCUGUGAGUUUUAAAUGUGGUCAGCUUCUCCCUAAUUCAGUCAUAAUUUUUGAUAAGGAAGAAGGAUCUAACAUCAACUUGGUUGGAAAAAGCAAGGGGAAAUCAGCAUAUCGGUCUAUUAUCAAUCCAGACUGGGAUUUUCAAAAGAUGGGAAUCGGUGGUCUCGACAAAGAAUUCUCUGGAAUUUUCCGUCGAGCUUUUGCUUCUCGAGUGUUUCCUCCUGAAUUCAUUGAACAACUUGGAAUGAAACAUGUGCGUGGGAUUCUGCUGUUUGGUCCUCCUGGGACUGGGAAGACAUUGAUGGCUCGUCAAAUUGGGAAAAUGCUGAACGCAAGGGAACCAAAAAUUGUAAAUGGACCACAGAUUCUGGACAAAUAUGUGGGAGAGUCUGAGUCGAACGUUCGGAAGUUGUUUGCUGAUGCCGAGGAAGAGUGGAGAAGAUGUGGUUCUAAUUCGGGUUUACAUAUAAUUAUUUUCGACGAGAUCGAUGCCAUUUGCAAACAGAGAGGCUCAAUGGCUGGAUCAUCAUCUGUCCAUGACACUGUUGUCAAUCAGUUGCUGUCUAAAAUUGAUGGCGUUGAACAGUUGAACAACAUCCUUGUCAUUGGUAUGACGAACAGAAAAGACAUGAUUGACGAGGCAUUGCUUCGUCCAGGUCGUCUUGAAGUUCAAAUGGAAGUAAGCCUUCCGGACGAAUUUGGACGACUUCAAAUCUUUAAAAUCCAUACUUCACGAAUGCGUGAGUACAAAAAACUUGAUCCUGAAGUUAACCUGGAGGAGCUGGCAAAGCGCACAAAAAAUUUUUCCGGAGCAGAAAUCGAAGGUCUGGUCAGAGCAGCUCAAUCGAGCGCAAUGAAUCGUCUAGUAAAGGCUGGCGGGAAGGUUCAAUUGGAUGCUGAUGCAGUGGAUAAGUUAAUGGUUAACGCAGCCGAUUUUGAUUAUGCUUUAGAACACGAUAUCAAGCCGGCAUUCGGACGCAGCGAUGAAUCACUGGAAAAAUUCCUUCGGCGUGGUAUGGUGGUUUGGGGUAGCGAGGUGACGCGAAUACUUGAAGAAGGUGCCCGUCUUGUUGAAGAAACCGUCAACCCUGACGCUGGUGGAUUUGUCACAGCAGUGCUUGCCGGUGCUCCACGAACUGGUAAGAGUUUUUUGGCUGCCGAGAUUGCUCGCGCCUCAGAUUUCCCGCUUAUAAAGGUUGUUUCACCUGGAGAUAUGGUUGGUUUUUCCGAGUCUGCAAAAUGCCAAGCCUUACGAAAAGCAUUUGCUGACGCACUUCGAUCAAAACUAAGCGUUCUUCUUAUAGAUAACGUGGAGAGAUUACUUGACUAUUCGCCUGUCGGGCCACGGUUUUCUAAUCUCGUUCUUCAAGCCCUACUUGUUUUGCUUAACGAACCCCCUCCAGCGGGUCACCGACUUCUAGUGCUUGCUACAUCUUCGAAUCGAUCGUUUCUUCGUGAACUUGAACUAGUAAAUGCAUUUGGACAUGUGAUAGAUGUACCAGUUCUGUCAACACCGGCGCAUAUAAUGCAUGUUUUGUAUGAGUCAGAUGUAUUCACUGAGAAGGAACUUCAAAAACUUAACGCUGAUCUCCAGAACCUCCUGAAGAAACAGAGCCACAGUAUUGGGAUCUAUCAUUUUUUGCCUCACUGGCAUGUUGAUUGCUGGUUGAGCAUGUUUUCCGUUGGGAUUCCGAUAUAG